CUGAGGGGCGGGGCCGUGUAGCGGUACAGUGGGGCAGAGGAAUGGGAUUCCCCCCUCCUCGGUGUCCUGCUGACGUUGCUCCGUGUGUCGGGUGGAGGAUAGAUGGUGGCAAGGAUGUGCCGAGCUCUGCUCUUUCUCUGCCUUACCUUCCAAGCGCUGCACUACGCUGAGCCGUACAAGAAGAGGGGUCCCGCUGUCACUCACAAGGUUUUCUUCGAUAUAAGGAUUGGUGAUAGAGAUGCCGGGCGUGUUACCAUUGGAUUGUUUGGAAAAGUUGUUCCAAAAACGGUGAAGAAUUUUGUUGCGCUGGCAACCGGAGAAAACGGUUAUGGCUAUAAAGGCAGCAAGUUUCACCGCGUUAUCAAAGAUUUCAUGAUCCAAGGAGGGGAUUUCUCAGCUGGAGAUGGGACAGGAGGUUGGAGUAUCUAUGGGACUACUUUUCAAGAUGAGAACUUUAAGCUGAAUCACUAUGGAAUUGGCUGGGUGAGCAUGGCUAAUGCAGGACCAGAUACCAAUGGAUCACAGUUCUUUAUCUCUACAACAAGACCUUUAUGGCUCAAUGGGAAACAUGUUGUGUUUGGAAAAGUACUGAAUGGCAUGGCUGUGGUGCACUCUGUAGAGCUCCAACCUACAGAUGACAAGGACCAUCCCUUACAGGAGUGUGUUAUAGUGAACAGUGGCCAGAUCAACGUCAAAGAACCAUUUGUGGUUGAAGUGGAUGACUGGCAAGACUAGAAUUUUUUUUUUUUUUUUAUACCUUACAAUUUUUUUUAAUAAAUGUAAAUAUGUUUAUUUGAC